ACUUUCUCUCAAGGUUUUCUAUACUUUCGUUUGGGAAGCGCGUUGUCCAAAUUACGAAGGAUCACAGCAAUGUCCAACAAGCGUCCUUCAUUAGUCCCUCAGAAAGGACCUAAUUCUUUUAAAAAACCAAGAGGUAACCACGAUGAUACCCCAGAGCCCUCAAAGUUUGAGCAGGAACUAAUGUUGUUGGAUGACAUCGAAACUGAAGAUAUAGCUUUGGUGGACGAAAGUUCGGCUUUGUCUCAACUAGACUUUCUAACGAAUUCGCAUUGGCCAAGACGUAGGUUGGAGAAGUUGGAUCCAAAUAAGUACAGUAUUAUUUUCCAGCAGUUUGAUGUGUCACAUUAUAAAGGUGAACAUCUAACUGGUAUGCCUGGUGCUACUCAAGGUCCUGUACCAAUUAUACGUUUGUUCGGUAUAACUGAAAAGGGUCAUAGUGUAUGUGCGCAUGUGCAUGGUUUUCUACCAUAUUUCUAUGUACCAGCACCGAAAGAUUUUUCAACGGAUCAUUUGAAUGCUUUUCGUGAAGCCUUAAAUUCUAUGUUAUUAAAAGAGAAGUCAAAAGAGUUUGAAGGAUUGCAACACCUCGUACUUAGAGUUACAUGUGAAGAGAAACGAAAUGUAUAUGGUUUUCAUGGAAAUCGUAGUCUACCAUUUCUUCGUAUUACUUUGGCAUUGCCACGUUUAAUUGCACCAGCUAAACGUAUAUUAGACAAUGGUUUAUCAUUUGCUGAUUAUUCAUUACAGUCAUAUCCUGCUUUUGAAGCGAAUAUUGAUUUUGAAAUACGUUUUAUGACUGAUACACAAAUGACUGGAUGUAGUUGGGUUGAAGCACCAGCACAGAAAUAUCACUUGAGAGAUUCUACAAAGAAAUCGGAUGAUGUGAAAAAAUCUAUAAAUCAAAAAUCAAAUCAUUCUGUUAAUUCUUCAACGACCUGUACUACAAAUGGUUAUAGCAGUGUUACAAAAAAUGGUGUUAAUGAUCACUCGACAUUGUUAACUAGUCAAACAAGAUGUCAAAUUGAGUUUGAUAUAGCAUGGGAUGCUUUGAUUGUUCACUCACCUGAAGGUCAAUGGAGUAAUAUCGCACCAUUACGUGUACUGAGUUUUGAUAUUGAAUGUGCCAGUCGUAAAGGUGUAUUCCCUGUGCCGGAUAAAGAUCCAGUUAUACAGAUUGCUAAUAUGGUUACUAACUAUGGGGAAACAACACCGUUUAUACGUAAUGUAUUCACAUUGAAUACAUGUGCACCAAUUGUUGGUUCACAAGUUAUUUGCCAUCAAACGGAAGAAGAACUGUUAGCUAAUUGGUCAGUGUUUGUGCGUGAAGUUGAUCCAGAUAUAAUCACUGGUUAUAAUAUACAAAAUUUCGAUCUACCUUAUCUUAUUAAUCGUGCUAACACCUUAAAAGUUGAUGGUUUUGAAUUUCUUGGUCGUAUACGUGGCGCACGUUCUACAAUACGGGAAGCUAUGACUCAGUCAAAACAAAUGGGUCGUAGAGAGAAUAAAUUUGUAAAUAUUGAUGGACGUGUACAGUUUGAUUUAUUACAGAUAUUAUUUCGUGAUUAUAAACUUCGAAGUUAUACAUUGAAUGCAGUGAGUUAUCAUUUUCUUGAAGAGCAAAAAGAAGAUGUACAUCAUAAUGUCAUUACUGACUUACAAAAUGGUGAUGCUCAAACACGAAGACGUUUAGCUGUUUAUUGUUUAAAAGAUGCUUAUUUACCAUUACGUUUAUUAGAUAAAUUAAUGUGUAUUGUAAAUAAUAUUGAAAUGGCUCGGGUUACUGGUGUACCAUUAACAUACCUACUUACACGGGGUCAACAAGUCAAGGUUGUGUCUCAGUUAUUGCGUAAAGCUCAUGAACAUGGUUAUUUAUUGCCAACAUAUCAGUCGCAACAGGGUGAUGAAUUCGUCGGUGCAACAGUACUGGAACCACGCAAAGGUUUUUAUAAUGAACCGAUAGCUACAUUAGAUUUUGCUAGCCUAUAUCCAAGUAUAAUGAUGGCUCAUAAUCUAUGUUAUACAACUUUGUUACAAGUGAAUACAACACCACACGGUUCAACGGGCGGUGGUAUUCAAGCACUUGUUCAACGUUAUAAUUUAACUGAUGAAGAUUACAUUAAAACACCGACUGGAGCGUAUUUUGUUAAAUCACAUAUCUGUCAUGGUAUUUUACCGGAAAUUUUACAACAGCUUUUAAGUGCCAGAAAAAAAGCUAAAGCUGAACUUGCUAAAGAAACUGAUCCAUUACGUAAACGUGUUUUAGAUGGACGUCAAUUAGCAUUAAAAAUUAGCGCUAAUUCUGUUUAUGGAUUUACUGGUGCACAAGUUGGUAAAUUGCCUUGUUUAGAAAUAUCCGCUUCUGUUACAUCAUUUGGACGUUUAAUGAUUGAACAAACAAAAUUACAUGUUGAAAGUAAAUUCAAUAUUGCUAAUGGUUAUAAACAUGAUGCUGUGGUUAUUUAUGGUGAUACAGAUUCAGUGAUGUGUAAAUUUGGUGUAUCCACAGUAACGGAAGCUAUGGAAUUAGGUCGUAAAGCUGCUGAAAUUAUAUCUGAAGAAUUUCCUAAACCAAUUCGAUUAGAAUUUGAAAAGGUGUAUUGUCCAUAUUUAUUAAUCAAUAAAAAACGUUAUGCUGGUUUGUAUUUUACAAAACCAGAUCGACACGAUAAAAUGGAUUGUAAAGGUAUUGAAACUGUACGUCGUGAUAAUAGUCCAUUGGUGGCUAAUUUAAUCAAUGCGUGUUUAGAGCGUAUAUUGAUUGAUCGUGAUCCAAACGCAGCGAUUAGUUAUGCCCAAUCAGUGAUCUCAGAUUUAUUAUGCAAUCGUAUUGACAUUUCGCAAUUAGUUAUUAGUAAAGAAUUAACAAAAACCGAUGAAGAGUACUCUGGUAAACAAGCUCAUGUAGAAUUAGCUGCAAAAAUGCGUAAACGUGAUCCAGGCUCAGCGCCAAAUUUAGGCGAUCGUGUACCUUAUGUAAUUACUGCUGUAGGUGGGAAAAAUACAGCAGCUUAUGCAAAAGCUGAAGAUCCUCUUUAUGUAUUAGAGCAUAAUAUACCGAUUGAUACAAAGUAUUAUUUGGAAAAUCAAUUAGCUAACCCUUUACUACGUAUAUUUGAACCAAUUUUAGGUGAAGUGAAAGCAAAAUCUGUACUGUUAAAUGGCGAACAUACACGUGUAAAAGCUGUGGUACACUCUACUGUUGGACAAUUAUCAGCUUUUACAAAAGUACGUGCAUCAUGUAUUGGAUGUAGAACAUUAUUACCUGCUGAUAAAACAGACGCAGCUUUAUGUAAAUAUUGUGAAUCACGUGCAUCAGAAAUUUAUCAAAAAGAAAUUGUACAGUUAAAUUUAUUAGAGAAAAAAUUCACUUCUUUAUGGACAGAAUGUCAACGUUGUCAACAAAGUAUACAUGAAGAAGUUAUAUGUACCAGUCGAGAUUGUCCAAUUUUUUAUAUGCGAAUGAAAUCACGUAAAGAUGUUGAUGAAGCAUAUAAAACAAUUCAACGUUUUGGUAAUCCUAAUUGGUAAAUCAAUAAGAAAAAAAGGAGUCACAUUCAUUGAAUUAGUCUAAUCCAUUGUAACAAGAAUAUCCUUUAAGAUCAUUUUAUCCGUAACAUUCUCUCUCAGGUUUUGUUUAGUUCUCUCUUUAUUCCAGAGUUCAAAUCUUUUUUUUUAUUAUAUUUUCUCUUAUAAAGAUUUUUUUUGGUAUUUUGAAAAGUGCAUUUCCAAAUUAUUGUACUUCACAUUUUCAUUGUUUAACAUAUUUUUCUCUUUAUUGUAGUGCACUUUGUUUUGUUAGGAAUUAAAAAAAAGAACCCAGGCGAUUGAACACCUUCAAAAUUGGAACAAUUAAGCGGGCGAAACUUUAUCGGUUGAGAUGGCUGGGACACGUGUUACGUAUGCUCAACCAACGACUGCUUCGGCAUGCGAUGUUUUAUGGUGUAGGAGUAGGUUGCAAGAAAGCUAGGGGUGGCCAGACCAAAACAUGGCACAAAUCCAUGAAGUCACUAGACAAGUGAACUGAGCCGUGUUAGUAGGUGUAGACUACCUCGAUUGGAUCCGCAAGACGAUAGCAACCGAUGGUUAGAGACCCUGAAUGACAUGGCUCAAAAUCGUUUGCAAUGAUGCAGGUGCAUACACUCUGUGUUCUCCCAAAUUCUAAUCUUCUGAAUUAUUCAUGUCCCUUUCUUUUUUCUCUUUCCAAAUUUAUUUCACUGGAUUAUACUCUUUAAAUAACAUCUUCAAACCCUAAUCUUUCCGAUUACUGCUUAGACUCUUACCACCUCUACCACUAUGGGUUUUGAAUCGACCACUGCAUCUCUGUGCUAAUGUGGUGUGGCAACUCGAAGUGAUAUACGUACGUACGAAGUUCUAAAGUUGUUAUUGACUGAUGGGAAAACCAAUUAGAUUUAAGAUAACAGGUUUUGAAUUCACUCAUCCAUUUGACGAAAUUCAGAGUCUUGGCAUUAUAGCUGAUGUCAGUUCGUAAUGAAAACCUAUAUAUCUCAUUCCUAACAUUAACCGUCAACUGUAAAUCACAAUUCUAAUUUCUCACACUAAUUUAUUACCUUCAUUUGAUCCUAGUUAUCAGCUGGACAGUCUCAAGGUCAGUCUACGUCGUCCAUAAAUUAUAGUCCCACCCAAGUAGGGUAUUCAACUUAAUAAACUUCAUGUUUUUGAAUAGUUACUAGAGAGAAUGGAUAAUAAUGGGAUAACAGAACUUUUCAUUGUUUAUGGUAAAUAUGUAAGAUUCUGAUUGGAAAAUAAACGAAAUAUAAUCUAUAUGAAGAUCAAAGUGAACUAAUCUAGUGGUGGACGUUUAAUGCUGGUAUUGGUGGAUUCAUUUAUUGAUCACAGCACAAAUUUGUACGUUUAAAGAUAGGGAUGUAAUUAUUAUCGAUACCCUCCUAAAAUGUCACCCUCAUAAGAGCAUGUAUUGAAAGGAUGUGCAUCAAUCAACCAUGUUCGGACUUCAGAAAACACCAAAAAGGCGACUUAACAGUGUAAUUUAGGUCUAAAUAUUGCUUACGUUUUUAAAUAUUUUUUAGCACUCUUUAAUAUGCGUACUCAUACUGCGCCGUGUUGGUUAUGCAGUUGAGUAUCGAUCUGUUUCCAUAAUCUACAACUAGUAUCCUGGAUCUAAGCAACAAACUUUCUAAUUUUCUAUUUAUUUAGACUGAAAUCCUUUUAUAAAAAACGUUUGGAUGAGUGGGUCCAAUAAGUUAUCUAAAGCCUCUCUGCCUCAUUGCUCGUUCUAAUCACUCACUACUAAAAAAUCAGCGUCUUUGCUGUCUCCUAAGUACUUUUAUUCCAUUAUGACGAGUCAAAAAACAUGUAUUUUGGGACCGAGCUCGUAACAUUUUGUAGUCCUAAAUGCUUCACUUCAAAAUAAACAUUAUUUUACAUCAG